GAACCUGCCGCCGCAAAUUGAGCUCGUCCCCGCUGGACCUAAACCAUCCCAAGUACUUGUCCUGCUUUGAUUUAACUUUCCAUUGAAGUUAACCUAAACAGAACGUCGUGAUAAAACGUUGCUAAGAGGAAAUAAUUGUUGUUAAAACGGAAGUUAUCGCGCCGAACGCCUGUAUUUAUUUAUUUGGUUUUAAAAAGCAGAGGUCAGAAAAACAACGCCGCAGCUUGACAACUGCCAACAUCCUCAGGUGGUGAGAAAGAUGGCAGCCUAUAAAUGUAAUCGCUCGCUCAGGAAAAAGCUCAGCUCAGACCUUGUAAAGAUCAUCAGCAGCCUAAGGAAGGAGAAUGUCUAUCUGAAGAAGACUCUAGCUGAGGUGUCCCGUCAUCACGCAGAACAUAAUAAGCUCGUGGAGAGACUCCUGGCUCUGGAAACUCUGCGGCUGGAGAGUUGUCAGCAGCUUCCAACAAAGGAUGAAAAAACAUCUUCGUCCUCUGAGGAUCUCUGCACCAAAGAGAUGAACUCUGUGGACGGAGAUUCCCCUUCAGAAAAAGAGGUUUCCUCCAAUGACGAAGCUGUUUUACAUCUUCAAAAUAAGCUCAAUGAUGCUUUGGAAAAGAACCAGCAGUGGCUGGAAUAUGACCAGCAGAGAGAGGCCUACGUGAGGGCAAUUCUGGACAAAAUGUUAUGGCUGGAGAAGCAGCUGAAUGAAGCCAAUCAGGCCCACUCACAGCAGCACAAUGAGGAGCAUUCAGAUGAAGAGGCACCAAAAAAGAAUAGGGAGCGCUUUGAAAGUUUCCUGAAGGAGGUGGAUCUGCUUCAUAAACAGGUUGAAGUGGUUCAUCGGAAGCUGAUCAGUGCUGAAGAAAGGUUCAGAGAAAGGGAGAAAGAGCUGGAGGCUCUCACACACCAGUUAAAGAGCGACACAGCAAGUAAAGGAAGCCCACAAGAAGAAUGCAGCAACCCCGAGGAGGAGGAAGAACAACAGCUGAAGGAGGAGACUGAGGAGCUUCAAGCUCAGCUGAAGGAGGAGAAGCGAAGGUCUACCAGCUUUGAGCUGCAGGCAAGCCUCUAUCAGAGGUACAUGUUAAACCAUCACCAUGCAGACCAGGAAAAGAUUGCAGACCUAGAGAGACAGCUCAGGAUUUCUUCACAAGACCUUGAGGACGCAAAGCGGGACUCUUCCUAUUUAAAGAAGCAAAUGCUCAGAAUUCUGAAGAAGCUGCCAAAAACAAAAGGCAAAAACCCAAAACAGUCAAAGAGAGACCAGCGGGACGUCGGCGUAUGUGAAGAGGCGAGCCCAGACCCCUGGAUCCCCAGAGGCAGCCUGGCAUCCCUCUCUCACAGCAGCGCGCUGGAUGAAAGUUUCCUGGAGUGUCCCACCUGCCAGGCCGAGUACCCCGCCAGCCAGUACCGAGAGCUGCUAACGCACCUGGAGAUGUGUCUCGAGUGAACCCACAUAAGAAAGUUCACUUGUGUGUCUUUUGUUAGAAGGCCGCCGCACAGUGUGACCACAAGUUCAGGCUUUGUUCAAACUUUGGCUUCGCUGCCAUGUUGUUUUCGCCCGCUAUUCUGCGAUGAUUUAAGGUUGGAACAGAAUUUUUUUGUAAGCCUUGUUUUGGUUUAAAUAAAUUACCUUUGAGAUUUCUGUUGUUUCUUUGUGAAAACCCACGUGAACUAACUGGAAAUCCCAGAAUUUGUUUAUAUAUUUGACAAAAACCUGAAAAUGGGCUCUCUAUAGCCCCUUAGUGGAAGGCUGGUU